AUGUCGGGUUUCUCCAAGGACAAUAUCUCUCAGGCGCUGAGCCAAGUUGCUGCCGAGGGCAAUGAUUUCCUAAAUGGCCAACCAGGAUCACGAGAGAAGCUGAUAGCGAGCGCUCGAGAUCUUAUAGCCGUUGCCGAAAGCCCCGUUGAGUCGCUUCUAUGGAGUAUCUGGGCACAGCCAACCCGUACUGUUGCGGCGCGCAUUGCAGUAGAUCUCAAAAUUUUUGAGACGGCUGUCCAAGACGAUGGCCGGCCGAAAACAGAUUAUGAGCUGGCUGCUCCAACAGGAGCGUCGCCUGAGCUUGUCAAGCGUAUCGCGAGAGUGUGCGUCUCGAUGCGUAUGCUAGAUGAAAAGGGACCAGGGCUAUAUGUUCCAAACGGACUUACUCAUGUCCUAACACAACCAGAAUAUGCUGCUGGUAUCGUCUUUUGUUUCGAUAGCGCAAAUCCGUCCUUCGCUCAAAUGCCCGCCUAUCUGAGGAGCACCCGAUUCCAGAAUCCUAAGGAUCCCGUGCAAGGACCGUUCCAGUAUGCCCAUAAGUGUGGACAUGCCUUUGGGUGGCUUCUCGAGCACCCAGACACAUUCGAGGCUUUUCAUGGCUAUGUACAUGCGCUUAGAGUACAUCGUCCAUCUUGGUUCGAGAUGUACCCCGUUCAGGAAUGUCUGCUGGAUGGUCUGAAGCCGGAGGGUGAUGCAUCCGCCCUCGUCGAUAUUGGUGGCGGCACGGGUCAGAUCCUGGAGGAUUUCCACGCGAGUGUGCCACACUAUACCGGCCGCCUUGUGCUCCAAGAUCUUCCUGAGGUCAUUGCGACUGCUUCGGGCUUGAGGGUGGGCAAGGACCCGCGCUUCGAGCUGCAAACGCAUGACUUCUUUACCGAGCAGCCAAUUAAGGGUGCACGCGCUUAUUUUAUGCGUUCUGUCCUCCACGACUGGCCCGACGAUAAAUGCCGUAUAAUACUCAAGCACCUUAAGGAUGCUAUGGAACCAGGCUAUUCGAGGAUUCUCGUGAGCGAUUGUAUCGUCGCCGAUGAGCGUGCCGCCUGGCAGCACUUGUCACUCGACAUCUUCAUGAUGGCUCUGGCUUCGUCUCAAGAGCGAACCGCAAAGGAGUGGCAUGAACUCGUCGAAAGUUGCGGGCUGAAGAUAACGGGCUUUUAUAAUAAAGGUCAGGGGAACGAAGGUCUGAUUGAGAUCGCGCAUCCAUAG